AUGCGUUCUCGCCCUACUCUCACGAAGACAAUAGUCCUUCUCCCACUUCUCAUAGCCGUCUACUACAUCAGAUGUCAACAUACCUUCCAAUGCGCUUUGAAAAAUCUCCGCGUCUCCUUUGACGAUCUUCCAUCAUCAUAUAGCUCCGCUCUGAAUGCAUCUCGAGCGCAGGGCGAGCUACUGCUCGACUUCGACUACAACACCACAUUCACAUCGCCCCUGAUACCGCGCACCAUCCACUUCAUCUACUUCGCCGACCUCUAUCACGGUCGCGAUGGCACGCCAUUGCUACCUGCCACAUCCCGCUCCCGUGCUCCCGAGCUCUGUCGAAAGUACAAUCCGUCCUUCGAGAUCCGCAUCUGGAACAAAACCGAAGCGCACACCUUCAUCGAGACUGAAUACCCCUGGUUCAUCCCCAUAUACGACGCAUACAGACAUCCCAUACAACGUGUUGAUGCACUGAAGUACUUCGUGCUCUACCACUUUGGCGGUGUGUACAUGGACCUCGACGUUGCCUGUCGUCGGCCCCUCGAGCCACUGCUGCAAUUCCCUGCCUGGUUUCCCGAGGCAAGCCCGCUAGGGGUAAACAACGAUUUGAUGGCCAGCAUGCCGCAUCAUCCGAUGUUGUUGGAGAUGACAAGUGCGCUGGCGCGGAGAAAUCGGGAUUUGUUGUUCCCGUACUUAACGGUCUUCUGGAGCACGGGGCCGCAGUUCAGUAGCGACAUGCUUCGGGGCUGGUGGUGGAGGCAUGCAGCCAGGAUGAGCACCCGAGAUACCGCAAGCUUCCGCAUAUUGCCGCAGAUAUUUUACUCGGAAGAGUACACAUUCUUUGGUCAUAGUCCGGGUGGUACGUGGCACGGUGGGGACGUUGCUGUUAUUAUAUGGCUUGCUGAGAGGCCGCUGGCGCUGCUAUGCAUCGCUAUUGGCUGUCUUGCUCUUGCAUUGGGCAUCAUGAAGGGGAUGAAGCUGAGGAAGGUCCGUCACAGACAUGUUGAGGAAGCUAUUCCUCGAACAGAGUAG